UGCUAGACAAACAGAUCAAAGGUGAUGAGCUCUGGACCUGCAGAGCUGGGUACACAUCAUGAGGCUACUGAUCUUCCUGGCUCUGCUGUGGAGCUUGGUGGCCACACUUUCGGGUUCCAAGUGGCCUGAGCCUGUAUUUGGGCGCCUGGUGUCCCCUGGCUUCCCAGAGAAGUAUGGCAAUCAUCAGGAUCGAUCCUGGACACUGACUGCACCUCCUGGCUACCGCCUGCGCCUCUAUUUCACCCACUUCAACCUGGAACUCUCUUACCUCUGCGAGUAUGACUUUGUCAAGUUGAGCUCAGGGACAAAGGUGAUAGCCACACUGUGUGGGCAGGAGAGUACAGACACUGAGCAGGCACCUGGCAAUGCCACCUUCUACUCACUGGGUCCCAGCCUAAAGGUCACCUUCCACUCCGACUACUCCAAUGAGAAGCCAUUCACAGGAUUUGAGGCCUUCUAUGCAGCGGAGGAUGUGGAUGAAUGCACAGUGUCCCUGGGAGACUCAGCCCCUUGUGACCAUUAUUGCCACAACUACCUGGGCGGCUACUACUGCUCCUGCCGGGCGGGCUAUGUUCUCCAUCAGAACAAGCACACCUGCUCAGCCCUUUGUUCAGGCCAGGUGUUCACUGAGAGGUCUGGGUAUCUCAGUAGCCCUGAGUACCCGCAGCCAUACCCCAAACUCUCCAGCUGCACCUACAGCAUCCGCCUGGAGGACGGCUUCGCUGUUACCCUGGACUUCGUGGAGUCCUUCGACGUGGAGAUGCACCCUGAAGCCCAGUGCCCCUAUGACUCCCUCAAGAUUCGAACACGCAAGAGGGAAUAUGGCCCCUUCUGUGGGAAGACAUUGCCCCACAGGAUUGAAACCGACAGCCAUGAGGUGACCAUCACCUUUGCCACGGAUGAGUCAGGGAGCCACACAGGCUGGAAGAUAAACUACACAGGCACAGCACCGCCCUGUCCUGAUCCAACGGCGCCACCUAAUGGCUACAUUUCACCUGUGCAAGCCACCUAUGUCAUGACGGACAGCUUUUCUGUCUUCUGCAAGACUGGCUUUGAGCUUCUGCAAGGUUCUGUCCCCCUGAAAUCAUUCACUGCUGUCUGUCAGAAAGAUGGAUCUUGGGACCAGCCGAUGCCAGAGUGCAGCAUUAUUGACUGUGGUCCUCCCGAUGACCUACUCAAUGGCCACGUGGACUACAUCACAGGCCCCGAAGUGACCACCUACAGAGCUGUGAUUCAGUACAGAUGUGAAGAGACUUUCUACACAGUGAGCAGCAAUGGUAAAUAUGUAUGUGAAGCUGAUGGAUUCUGGACGAGCUCCAAAGGAGAAAAAUCCCUCCCGGUUUGUGAGCCUGUUUGUGGGCUGUCCACACACACUAUAGGAGGACGUAUAGUUGGAGGCAAGCCUGCAAAGCCUGGCGACUUUCCUUGGCAAGUCUUGUUACUGGGUCAAACUACAGCAUCAGGUGCACUUAUACAUGACAACUGGGUCCUAACAGCUGCUCAUGCUGUCUAUGGGAACACAGAGGCAGUGUCCUCCCUGGACAUCCGGAUGGGUCUCCUCAAAAGGCUCUCGCCUCACUACACUCAAGCCUGGCCAGAGGCUGUCUUUAUACAUGAAGGUUACACUCACGGUGCUGGUUAUGACAACGACAUAGCACUGAUUAAACUCAAGAACAAAGUCACAAUCAACAGAAACAUCACACCUGUUUGCCUACCAAGGAAAGAAGCUGCAUCCUUAAUGAGAACUGGAACUGUGGCUGGCUGGGGGUUAACCAAGAAGGGGUUUCUUGCUAGACACCUAAUGUUUGUGGACAUACCAAUUGUUGACCACCAAAAAUGUACUGCUGCGUAUGAAAAGCAGCUCCUCCCAGAAGCAAGAGUAACUGCUAACAUGCUCUGUGCAGGCUUAGAAACCGGUGGCAAGGACAGCUGCAGAGGUGACAGUGGAGGGGCAUUAGUGUUUCUAGAUAGUGAAACACAACGAUGGUUUGUGGGAGGAAUAGUUUCCUGGGGUUCCAUUUAUUGUGGGGAGGCAAACCAGUAUGGGGUCUACACAAAAGUCAUAAACUAUAUUCCCUGGAUUGAGAACAUAACAAGUAAUUUCUAAUUUGCAUCCUCCAAUCAGUACAUUGUUCCUUAUUUCUACAAGUACACGGGAAGCCUAGUGGUAAACCCGAGAUGAAUUACAGCCUACCCCAAAUCAAAGCAGAUAAGAUCAUUACAGGUACAGGACACUUGACAAUGUCAGCUUUGAUUUGUGCUGUUCAAAAGAGCAGUGCUUUGCCAACCCCACACAGACUAUGUCAAGCUGUAUUUGAUUCCCUACAGUCUAAUUUCAUACUGGCUGUUCCCAUUUCUGGCCAACAAUGGGCUUGGUGAUUUUCCUAGUGUGUAGAUUUGCUCUUUAAUGGGCUCAGAAAGUGCUCUAACAGAGUGUAGCAGUACUGGUUCCAGAAUACCUGAGAAAGUCACUUCUCUUUUGGAAGGUAAACUGAAAGCAGGUGUUUUGACUUUUACAUCAGUAGACCAGCUAUUAAAAACAACCAAGUCCAUUACAGAAUACUGGGAUUAUAGGCGUGUUCUCCCACAUUCAGCAAACUGAAACAAAUUAAAACCCAUGAUACAGUAUUUUACUCUUUAAAAGGACAAAUUAGCAAUCCAUUUCAAAAACCUGACCAGGUAUUCCACUAUACCCAGCCCACUUUUCUUAGUUGCUCACGAACUACUUGGGUACAGGGAAGCCAGACAUAACUCUACAUAGUAGAGUCAUUCUCUUAUGUAACAAAAACAGCAAUUCAUCAUGAAAUAAACUGUUCUCCUGCUGAGACGCUGACUUAACCUUAAA